CUGCCAUUUCCUUAAUCUUGGAAAUGGCUAACAAAAAUGAACAUGCCCAUGUUAAAAUGUGACGUCUGAGGAGAACAAAACAUACAUUUUGACAUACUCUAAAUAAUCAGAAGAGCCAAAUCUGAGGAAGCAGGAAAGCAUGGGGUCUGCUACACACACAGUGUGUGUGCUCCUGUGUUUUUGGGUCUCAGGAUCAUGCUACACACUCCAGACCGUGGGCCCAUGUACGGUCAACAGCGAAACGGCUGCAUUUGACUGCGGUGGGAAAAGGCUUACAUCGAUACCGAAGCACAUCUGGUUGAACGUAACCGAGCUGGACCUGUCUGACAAUCUGUUGGACUUGACCCACAGUGACAGCUUCAGUCGCCUCAACCUCUUCAGCCACUUGGUCUCACUGAAUCUAUCAGGAAACUACCUCCCUCUGCUGUUAAAAGACCAUCUCUACAGUCUUUCCUCUCUUAAAGUUCUUGAUCUGAGAAGGUGUAAACUGGCCACAGUGGAGGCAAACGCUCUGGUCACGCUUUCCAGUUUACAGAUGCUCCUCCUGGGGGACAUUCAGUCGACCGCAGUCAAAGACCUGAGACUGAGAGAGUUUGUGGAACACAGAGGAGAACAAGAUACCAGGCAGAAAGUAGGAGAUACAGCAUUAAAGCGCAUGGGACAGGAUGACCGCAAUGAUGGAUAUUCUAAGGACGUCAACUAUGGAGCCUCUCUUCGUAAACUACUCACAGAUGAACCACCAACUACAAACAGUUCAAAUAAUGGCACAAAAAUAAAAAAAGAAGAUGAUCCCAAAACAUCUUCAGAAAGCUGGAAGGUCCUUGUGGCUGUUCUGGGGUCAGCUAUCACCCUUUCUGUCCUUAUUGCUUUGAUGGCCAAAUUCAAAGUCUUGCACAAGUAUCUGGCGAGCUACAGACACUCCAGACUCAGUGAAGUGGAUGCCACGAGUCAGUGUGACCCUGCAAACUUUGAGGUGGGAUUCUCGACCCAGGGUGGCCCUGGGACUCGUGCAGCUGCACCUCAUGACAUUGAGGAGGAUGACGACGGGUUUAUUGAAGACAACUACAUUCAAACAAGUGAGAGUGAGAGAGCAGCAAGAGCAGCAGCACUGACUGAUGAUGAGGAUGAGGAGGAAGAGAUCGAAUUUAGUAUUGGCUAGCAUUGUUAAGUCUAAUGUUGUUAUAUCUUAUUUAUAGUGACUUGUAUUGACAUUUAGCACUCCACAAUCACUAAAGCAUUCAUUGAAUAAUUCAUAUUAAAAAAAAUCAAAAAUAUAUACAAUGGCCCUGUUAGAUAUUUGAACACUUAAGCUUAAGCUAAGAUGAUCAAAUAUUUUCUAGGGCCAUUACGGGAAUCCAAACUGAUUGACAAUUGAAUGUACAGUAGGCCUUACAAAAUAACAAUCUGUUAAUCUGUUAAUAAUUUAUACAAUGUUAACAUUGUUAUUGAAAGUUAGCCUACGGUUAUUUUUAAAUGGUAAUUAUUAAUCAAUAACAUUUAAGGAUUUAUCUUUCUAGAAUUAGCAUUUACAUACUUUAAUUGCGUUCUGGACUAUAUAUAUAUAUAUUGUCUUUUGUAUGCUUUGUAUUUUUCACUUAAUUUCAAAAUUGCAUGUUUUUUUUUUUAUGGGGGUGACGCUAUUCUUUCAUUGGCCACCGCGUGCCGCCUUUGUGCCUUUUAGUCUAGAAACAAAUACAAAAAUUAUAAUUACUACUAAUAUUAUAUAUUUUUGACGUUGUUUCUCAGUUGUACGUAAUUAUAACGCAAAUCGAACAUCAUGUAGCAUUCACGCAAUCCAAAACGAACGCCGUGCUAGGUAUUUCUAUUUUCAUCUACUGUUCAAUAAAGAAAUGUCACCUGAAA